AUGCAGCUCUUGUCCACCCUCGCCCUCUUGGGCAGCACCCUCACGGCCCUCGCCAACCCCCUUCCCUCUCCUGGGCUGGUCGGCGAGCUCAACAAUGACCACGACAUCACCCCCAACGGCACCGUUCUCGUCUCCCGCGACAUUCGCGGCUCCAUCCCCAUUGGCGCCCACGCCAUGGAGCACCGCUUCCAGCCCGUCAUCGACUUCGAUAAAGACGGCUGCUACUACACCUCGGCCGUCGACCGUUCCUCCAACCUCAACCCCGGCCUCGGCACAGGCGGCUGCCCUCACCACAACUGCCGCGAGCUCAACCGGCUCGAGAACAACAACGUCUACUCCCGGAUGCGGUGCAACAACGGCUGGUGCGCCAUCAUGUACGAGUACUACUUCGAAAAGGACCUCUGGGCCUGCGGCAGCGGCCACCGCCACGAGUGGGAGAACAUCAUUGUCUUUGUCCAGAACGACAGACCCCGCCGUGUCUCUGGGGCAAGACACGGAACGCACGACCGAGCGACGAACAGCUUCCGGGUCAAGGAUGACACCAGAGUCAAGAUGGUCUAUCACAAAGAGGGUGCUGGAACGCACAACUUCCGCACUGCCAAUGCGGGUGACGACAAGAUCGAGAACCACACCGGCCAAUGGUUCCUGGGCCGCCUGGUCGGCUGGAACCACUGGCCCAGCGUUGCCAUGAGGAACAAGGUCCUGGACGGCAAGAACUGGAGCAAAGACGGCGGCAUCCGGCCCAAGCUGGGUGACAGGGACUUUGCCGACAAUUUGAGGCAGGCUGCUGGUAACUCGGUCCCCGGUUUCAACCCCAGUGUGGAUGGCUAA